CCCGAACCUCGCCGUCCCUCCGCGCUGAUCCUCUUUCUCUCUCUCUUUUUUUAAAGUGUGACUGAAACAAAACAAAGCCAAAGGGACGCUGGAUCUAUCAUUGGUUGAUUUUCCUCCUCCUUUUUUUUUUUAUGACCAAAAACAACCCCCCACCCGAGCAAACAAACACACACAAAAGCAGAAAGAAAGGGUCUUGCUCAGCAGCAGCAUGGAUGUCUUGGCUAGUUAUAGUAUAUUCCAGGAACUCCAGCUUGUCCACGACACCGGCUACUUCUCAGCUUUGCCAUCCUUGGAGGAAAACUGGCAGCAGACAUGCCUGGAGUUAGAGCGGUAUCUUCAGACCGAGCCACGGAAGAUCUCUGAGACCUUUGGUGAGGAUUUGGACUGUUUCCUUCAUGCCUCCUCAGCCCCAGAUGCAGAGGACAACAUACGGCGGCUGGAGCCCAUCCUUUUGCCAGUGGAGACGAGCACGUGUGACAAAAGCGCCAGCAUGGACAUCAUCCUCUCCCGUGACAAGCUGCUGUCUGAGACGUGCCUCAGCUCGCAGCCCACCAGCUCUUCCACAGAAGGCUACACGGCCGUCAACCAGGCCCAGCUCAAUGCAGUGACCUCAUUAACCCCCCCUUCCUCUCCGGAGCUCAGCCGCCACCUCGUCAAAACCCCACAGACUCUCUCAGCGGUGGAUGGCACAGUGACGUUGAAACUGGUGGCCAAGAAAACUUCACUCAGCUCUGUGAAAGUGGGGGUAGCAACAGCGACUGCGGGGACAAUAAAAAGUGGGCAAAGUGACAGUGAGCAAGGAGGUGCAGGGACAGAAGCAUCCCCAGAAAACAAGAAGAGGGUUCAUCGCUGUCAAUUUAAUGGGUGCCGGAAAGUUUACACAAAGAGCUCCCACUUAAAGGCUCACCAGAGGACUCAUACAGGUGAGAAGCCUUACAAGUGCUCGUGGGAAGGGUGCGAGUGGCGUUUUGCACGGAGCGACGAGCUCACGAGGCAUUACAGAAAGCACACGGGUGCAAAGCCCUUUAAAUGCAACCAUUGUGACAGGUGUUUUUCCAGGUCGGAUCACCUCGCCCUCCACAUGAAGAGACACAUCUAAAUAUCAGCCAGCUUGGCAUGGAUGUCAUCUGGGCUAAGUGUUGUGAGAUGAAAGUGGAACUCAAGUUACAACGUGCUACCUUACAGGAGAAGAGACCUUGAUCCCCUGUAACCCUCUGUACAGGGACCACAUGCUCACAGUGUCAUGCUCCAGUUACACUUCAGUACCUUCAUCGGUUCUUUUAUGCCUUGCCCCAGCUGGAUGGGAGAAGAUGCAGGCGAGGAAAUGGUGUAGAGGUGAAGUCAGUGAAAAAGAACAAUUACUUACAGUACUUCAUCCCUCUUGGAUUUGUUUCCUGUUUUUGCCAGUGGAAAUCAAAGAAAACAGAGGAGGCUUCCCUGCAGGUGGACGGCAGUAAGAGGGGCUUAUCUAACUUGCUUCUCAGUGCAACUCAGUAGAAGAAUAUGUCGUCUUGAAGUUGCAUAUUUGUAGCACUAACUUUCUUUUUAAAUAGAUGGGGGGAAAACAAUGACCUAGAAAACCAAAUCCCAGUUUGGUAGCCAAAAUUAACCUCUUGGUUUUUUUGUUCUUUCUCUGAGAAUUCCUAAUUUUCAGUGCAUCAGACUUCUCACAGACACUUUGACCUGUCUUGGUUUCGGUUCUUCUUCCCAGAACUGAGCUUUUGAGAUUCUUUUAAGUCAAUACCAGUGGCCUUAAUGGCAGUAGACUGUGGAGUGACACUUGUGACACAAACAUCCUCUUUUUGGCCUGAGUUUAUGUAGACUUCAUGGAGGAUUAUAUUUUUGUUGGUUGUUUUUAUUUUUUUUUUUUUUGCAAUUGCACAACAUAUGCACUAGGGACUCUGGAAGCUGCUGCCAUGAUGGCUAAGUAGCCAAGGGAUAAACCCCUGAGAUACAGCACCUAAUAUCUCGGUAAGCCUCACCUUAUUGCCAUAGCUAGGACUUCUUGUUUAUUUUUUGAACAAAAAACUUUAAAAGCUUGUUUGGAAGCUUAAACCUUUUUUCUCUUUUCUCCGCAAACAAGUGAUCUUCAGAACUCCUUGUCUUCACCUGGAUAUCAGUCUGGGACUGGCCACACAGGCAUGACUACAGGAUUCCUUCCACAUUAUGUGAGCAGAUUAGCCACAACCCACGAUGAUUUAGUGGUGAAUUAUGUUGCUUUUUCUUGCAGUUCUUCUAUUAACCAAUUUAAAACAUUAGCCUUUUGUUUCUGUAAAGAGCACCUGCAGACGUUUUAAUUUAAAUCUGUUUGUUGAGCCUCUUACACACAAAAAACAACCCCCAAGCCAAAAAUCCUACUCCAAUCUCUGAGUAGGAAAUCAAGAACCUCUUCCAAGUACAAUGGCUUCAUUCAGCGUUAGCCUGUUAAAGAAAAUAUCAAAGUCCUGCUUUUCUGUUCAUCAAGUUGAUGCUGUAGCCCACUCCUAUAUGAAAAAAUGUAACCAUGUGAGCGGUGAAGGAAGGGAUUGGAUUUUACAUACAGCAGUGAGGCAUUUCCAAAUGAUUGGUCCAAAGUAUUACUAACCUAGAGGUCCAUUUUGGCCUACGGUGUGAAUCAUCAAGGAGAAGUGGAGGUCUCAUGCUCACCCUUCCGUCAUAUUGAUAAUUUGAUUUCUUUGGCUCAAAGUGGAUUAAAGUCUUCAUUACAAAAGGAAAAAAAAAACCUUAAAAAAUGUAUUGCCAUAACUUGUAUUUGAACCUAUUUGGCACUGGCCCUGACUCCAAAGACUGCAUUUAGGACCAUGAAAAUGGCCUAUGCAAGCAGGCAGGCGGUCAUUAGGUUGUAUAUUUUGUAUAUUCUCGGACCAUCCCUACAAGAUGUGUCUAGAAAUGAAACAAAAUAGCGCGUGGUCCACAAAUGGUUGCUGCUCUUUUAUAAUGUAUUAGCCAACUGCCCUUCUUUGACUGUUUUGACUCAUUGACUGUUAAAUAUUUCCCUUAAUUUAUGUUUUGGGAGGUAAAAUUGUACUCUAAGGGGAAAAAAGAGCAAACAAGAAACUCAAUAGAUGUUUUUAAGAGCCGUCACCGGGAUCCUUGGCACUUGAAUUCUCAGCAUUUUGCAACCUUUGGUUCCAGUGAGAGAUUGAAUUUAUUCAAAAGAUGCUGGUUUUCCUCACAGUUUUCACAAAACACUGUGACUGUCAACUGAACACUUUGGGGACAGGGGGGAAAUACGAUGUCUGGCCCAUAUGGCAUGAAAUAUGGACCAAAAUCUAACCAUCUUUUAGGGGCAAUGAUGUAAUAUUCAUGAUAAGAGCAUGAGAGAGAGUGAAAGAAAGUCAGACAGAAAGAGAGAGAAGAAAAAAUUGAAUUUAUUCCAAAGAUUUAAAACUAACUAUACUCUAUAUGUGUAUAUAUAUAUGCUUAUAUAUAUAUAUAUAUGUAUACAUUUAAAAAUUGCAGAGCACUGCUUGCUGACAAUCUCGUAUUUCUCUACUUCUGUAUUUGCAUACUUCUUAUGGCCAUUCCACCCAGCUGUUCCACUGGGACUGAGGGCCCUAGAAUCCAAUUUGUGUUGGAACAAAUAGAGCAUCCUGCCAGAUCACAGAAUCACAGAGUGUCCUGAGUUGUAAGGGACCCACAAGGAUCAUCAAGUCCAACUUCUGGCCCUGCGCAGGACAUCCCAAGAAUCCCACCAUGUGCCUGAGAGUGUUGUCCAAAUGCUCCUUGAGCUCUGGCUGGCUUGGGGCUGUGGCCACUUACCUGGGGAACCUUUUCUGGUGUCUGACCACCUUCUGGGUGAAGAACUUUUUCCUAAUGUCCAGCCUGAACCUCCCCUGACACAGCUUCAUCUCAUUCCCUUGGAUCCUGUCACUGGUCACCAGAGAGCAGAGAUUGGUGCUGCCCCUCUGCUGCCCCUCAGGAAGAUGUCUAAUGGGAACUGAAACCUCAGCUGUGUGAAACUGUAGAGCAUCCAGUGAGUGCAUUAGAUAAAAAAAAGUAUAAGAGAAUCCUAGAAUUUCUUUACCAUAAUGUCCUAAAAUUUAUGCUCUCAAAUUCUCCACUAGGAUAUUCAUUGGCUGUGAACCUGCAUAAAUAUCCUCCUUUGCUCUCUGAACACACCUGCCUUUAGGCAUGCUAUCAGUAGUAUCCAAACUUAAUAAUUAAGUGAUGGUUUAAGCACCAGGCUCUAUUUAAAUUGGAAAAAGUCAAGCAAGACUGUUUUUUAGUUCCAGUUGUCAUUUACAGUCUCGUUGUCAUCUUAUUUAAAUAUACCAGAACAAGGGCCCCAAGGGAUAAAAAUGGUGAAAUAUAUCUUUACUUUGUUCAAAAGGCAGGCCUACAUCUAAAUCCUGGAUCCAAAUAGCCUAAAAAACAUAGAAAAAAGGGGUGUAAAAGACAGAUUCCAAAUUUCUCAGGCUUUGUAGCAGGUCUUCAACUCUGAAGCCAAAAUGUGAGCUUUGAAACCACCUCUUAUGUUUGAAAAGGGUGAUAUUUUUCAGCUGUAUAUAUGGUGUACCCAGUCAAUCUCUUGACUUUAGUUUUUGGGUGCUCAUAUGCAAGUGUUGUAGUAAUUAUUAAAAUUCUGAACCAUAACUUUGGUAUUUUAUAGAAGGAGUCUCCAUUUUGGAAAGGCAUAAAGAAUGACACAUUCCAGGACUGGUUUUUUUGCAAUGACAAGUUUUGUUUCUUUGCGGAUAUUUUAAGCUGUACACUUCAAACUUGUGUAGUCUGUCAUAGUUAGUUCCUUUUUGGGCCUGUGUCUCCUUGCUAAAGUUGUACAGUUGUUCUCUCUCUGUAAAUUAUGAGUAGAAUCAGACUAAAGAGGAAAGGUUCUGUGUAAGGCUUCUUGAAAGCAAACCCAUAAAUUUGGUGACAAUUGAGGACAGUUAUCCAGCUGUAGAAAGGAGAAGUUUUACCUUGUUUCCUUCAAUGUGAGAUUUAUGCCUAUUUGCAAAAGAGGAGCCAUUAUAAGAAAAUCAGAUAGUGGUUUCCAAGGUUAUGGAACUAUAGGAUGAAAACAGAUUGACCUAAAAGUCUCCCAAAAUAGUGUACACGGAGGAAGCAACUAAAAUAAAUGUGAGGUUUUGUGAUUAGCUAACUAAUAUUUUGGAUCAGAACAGUCAAUCAUAGUAUCCUGCAUGUGGAAAGGGGCCUCCAGAGGCCAUCUUAGCCAACCUCCAACUUGAGCUGGUUGCUCAUGACUGUAUUCAGCUGAGUUUUAAAUAUCCUCAAGAAUGGAAAUUCUGCAAUCUGUCUGUCCAAGCUGUUCCAAUAUUUAACCACUUUCAUGGUUAAAAAAAAAAAA